UCUAAUAAUACUUAUACACAUAUCAAUAAAAUAAAUAUGUUGAGGAAAAAUACUAUACAAAGAAAAAAAACCAAAACUAACACAGUACCAGCUUUGGUCAAUAGUCGAACUAAAGUUCAGUUCAAACACAGUGUUUCUGUGAAAUUUCAGAAAAAAAUAAGAACACUAGAGCAAAUUAAUAGACAAUUAAUUGCAAAAAUUAGAAGUUUGACAAAUGAUGAACUUACUUUACAAGAUAUUAAAAUAAAAUAUUUAACACUUAAAGAAAAAGUUCUUGAAGCAGAAGAGCAAUUAUUGAUGAAUGGUAUAGAUACAUCAGAAUAUCCACUAUUUUGUAUGGAUUAUUUAGAAGAAGAUACAGAAAUAAAUAAUGAAAUUAAAUGUGAAGUAUUAUCAGAGGGCCAAUUAAAUACAGAUAAUAAAUCAAUCUAACUUGUUAAUUUUGAACUUGAACAAAAUUAUAAUAUCCAUACGUAUCCCUAGUACAGUUAUAUAGUAUGGAAUUACAAAAUAAAAAUGAAAUUGAUGUAUCAAUAUACCCUGAAAGUUAUCAUUAAGUAAUUGUAUGCAAUAAAUAUUAAAAUAUACAAAUGCCAUGUA